AUGGCGCCGUGUUCUGAGUUGACGCUAGUCUCUCAAUUAAGGGACUCUAUGGACAAAAAUCAUCGGAAGUUGCUGUCAGUGAGCGACAGCCUGUCAGAAAACAGCAACGCAAAGGAGAAAAAUAUUUUCAGUGGGAUGUUUAAGAAAAUGCAAAAACCUGCAGAAGACGCCGUGACAGAUGAGGAUCCUCUGAGUGACAUGAAGGAGCUCUCGGACAGCUGGGACGACCUGACAGCAACGAGACAGGACGACGUUUCAGAAGGCGCCAAAAUGACGGCGAGCAAUGACAGUCUGUCAGAAUCUCCCGCUGUCACUAAAGAGAAAAAAGUAGGAUUUGCUGGAUUUUUCAAGAGGACACCCAAAUUAACUGAAGAGGUUGUUUCAUUUCGGAUCAAGAAAACUAUUCCAAGAAUUCUCAAACCUAAUCUGUCUUCUCAGAUGUCCACCAUUGAAGAGACCAUGGAGCUGCAGGAGCUGAUCCCAGCACAGGAGAGUGAGGUCCAGGUGCAGCCUGUGGAGAUGGCACCUUAUCCCACUGAGGGCAACCCUCUGGAUUCUGAAGAGGAAGACGAUGGUUUGUUGGCCUGGUGGAACACAGUUGAAGGUUGGGCAGAGUGGAACAAGACUUCACAUUUGCAGGAGGAAGAUGAACAAGCGGCUAUGGAAGAGGCAGCCGAUCGUGUCUACAUGGGGGCACGUCUGUUUGUUCACCUUUUCAACCAGAGGGGGGCCUCUUUGCAACAGCGCAUCCUGGAGCUUUUGGCUCUUGCUGACGCAGCCGACCAGUUCCAUAAGAAAACCGUGUCGGCGGCUGUGGGAGGAGGCGUGGCCAGUGUAGCUGGCAGCAUAGCCACCAUCACUGGGCUCAUCCUAGCGCCAUUCACGUUUGGCACCUCCAUCAUAGUCACAGCAGUGGGCAUCAGCGUGGCAACGGCAGGCAGCAUCACCUCGGCAACAGCCAACAUUACAGACACUGUUCACUCCAACAUGGACCGUAAGAAUAUGGAGAAGAUGAUCCAGAGUUACCAGGAAGAGAUCAAAGACAUCAGAGAGUGUUUGGAGUUCGUACAGGAAGGCAUGGACACACUGCAGGAGUGGGACUUUGACAAGUUCUCAGAGAGCGCAGCCAAGAAAGCUCUCAACCACAACAUCAAACACGUGGUGAAGGAGGGCGGCCGUGCUGGGAAGGACCUCAUGAUCAACACGGACAAGCUGAUCAGCACCGUGCAGGUCCUGGGUGCGGCGGGAGGAGCCGCCAAAGCUGUGCAGGCCAUCAGCAUCACCACAGGGGUCAUGUCAGCCCUCUUCCUGGCCCUGGAUGUCUUUUUCCUGGCCAAGGACUCCCACGAGCUCCGCAAGGGGGCCAAAACCAAGUUCGCCACCAAGAUCAGGGAGGUAUGUCGAGACCUUCAGGAUGGCCUCCUCGAGUUGAAUAAGGUGAAGACGCAACUGCAGAAGACCAUGGACGGCAUCGAGGUGGAAGAAUAUGAAGAAAUUCAGGAGGUGGAGGAAGAGGUGGACGACGAUUUGGAGUCUGACCCGGUGAAACUGGCUGAACUGGAGCAAGAGUUGGACCUUAUGGAGGAGAAGCUGGACAAGAGGAUUGAGGAAGUCCAAAAGGUUAAAGAGAAUGAAAGCAAGAAGGAGAAAAAAAUGGAGAAAAGUAAGAACAAAGAUGAGGGUACGGGAGAAAGUGAUUCUGCAACAGAGAAGAGUUCAAAAGACAAAGGAGAGAAGAUUUCUGAUGACGAGAAAGAACGGAGCAAGAAGAAGAGCAAAGCAGAGAAACCCUCAAAAGAGGAAAUAUACGAACAAAAAGUUAAGAAAGACAAGAAGAAAGAGGCGGCGGAGAACAAGAAUGGAAAAGAACAGAAGGAGCAUAAACGGAUGGAGGAUGGGAGUUCAGAGCGGGUGAAGAGCAAGAAAGGUGGCAAGAGCAGCAGAGAGAAAGAAAGAAACUGGUUGACUGAGAGGAUAGUAGGGAAAAAAGAGGAGGAGAAAGGGAGUAGGAGCGGGAGUGAGAAGAAAGAGGAGGAGAGAGGAAAUACGAGCAGGCACGGGAGCAGGAGCAGCGCAAAAGAGGAAGAGAGAUGGAAUACCAGCAGGCAUGGGAGCAGGAACGAUGCAAAAGAGGAAGAGAGAUGGAAUACCAGCAGGAGCAAUGCAAAAGAGGAAGAGAGAAGGAAUACCAACAGGCAGGGGAGCAGGAGCGAUGCAAAAGAGGAAGAGAGAUGGAAUACUAGCAGGCACGGGAGCAGGAGCGACGCAAAAGAGGAGGAGAGGGGGAGUAGCAGCGGAUACGGGAGCAGGAGUGAGAGAGGAAGCAAAGAUAUGGAGAGAUGGACCAAAAAAGAGAGUGAUGGGAUGGAGAGCUGGAGGAGUGCACAGGGAGAGAGGGGAGUGAGGGACUGGAGAGCUGAGAUGGAGAGAAGUAAACAAGAGAGAAGAAAAAACGAAGGAAGAGAAUCCAAAAGGGAGAUGGAGGGGGAAGGACACGGGAAAAAGGAGGGGAGGAAGGAGCAUUCAGAGAGGGAGUGGAGGAGGAGCAGGGAAGAAGAUGACACAGCGCGGAGUCACCACCACGGUAAAGAGGAGAGGAGGGAGAAACCUGACAGGAGCAAGACGGGAGAUAAGAAACGAGAGAGCCGGACAGAGAGCGGUGCUGUGGGGAGGCGGGAGAGCAACAGGGAGCGCGAACCGAUGCGCCGCGUGUCUCGCUCCAGCGUUCUGCUGGAUGAUGGAUUGUAUAUUUGAUUUUAAAGCUGUAACCUGUAUUUUUUUUAUUUAUUUAGUUUUCAAAUUAAAGCCACUGCAAUCAACAAGUCGUGUUAUCGGAGUGACUGAAACCCAGCGGCUCCACACCGAACACGAAUCGGUACGAGCUCCUUCACCUCCAAAUGUGAACGCGUG